AUGGCGCAACUGAUUUCCUUGCUAGGUCUCCUUGUUGCUGUAGCUCCUCUGACACAUGCACAGCACAGCAACGUCUCUGCUCCAUCCUUCACUCUUCCAGCAGGCUAUACCACAUCAACAUUCAACAACUCUGCUCAGCCUACCGCAUACAAUCGUACCGAUUCCUCACCUAAUGCUCUUGCAUCUCUUUGGGAUCUCGUAGGCCCCGUGGCUACCGGCCCGCUGACCAGCACCGCUUCUCCCACUCCGGAGCCAACAGCCUACCCGCAACCAGAUGGCGAGGUUUUCCAUCCGCUUGUUCGCAGUAGCUACCCUGAAGCCAAGGAUCUGAAGCUGCCUGCUGGGUUCAAGUGGGGAUUCAGUUCAUCAGCAUAUCAGAUCGAGGGUGCGGCGAAAGACGAGGGGAAGGGUCCAAGUAUUUGGGAUUUGCUGUCUCACCGAGUGCCGAAUUACGUGUCAGAUAACUCGACGGGCGAUGUCGUUAGUAGCAAUUACUGGCUCUACAAGCAGGAUAUUGCUAGACUGAAGGGAUUGGGUGUGCCUGCGUUCAGCCCCAGUUUCUCCUGGCCACGCUUCUUUCCCUUUGGUCAUGGACCGGUGAACGGAGAAGCAGUUCAUCACUACGACGAUGUAAUUGCGGAGAUGCAUGCCAUUGGAAUCAUGCCCGCAGUCACGCUCUUCCAUUGGGAUACACCUCUCGCGCUCUUCGCUGAGUAUGGCGCCUGGACUGACCGCCGCAUCGUUGACCACUUCUUCAACUACGCCAAAUUCGUCAUUUCCCGCUACGACGCCUACGUGGAUCAGUGGUUCACCAUCAACGAGCCCCAAUACUGCAACUGGCAAUACUCAACCUACCCGGCCGGAAAGUACUACCCAGCACCCAACAACAUCACUGGGGGCCCGACGGCACGUUUCCUUUGCGGUCACCACACGCUACUCGCACACGCCAAAGUCGCAAAAUGGUAUCACGAGGAGUUCCACGGGGCACACAGAAUCACCUUCAAGAAUAGCGCCAACUACUACGAAGCCAACAGCACCUCCCCCGGCGACGAAGAAGCACGGCAGCGCAACUUCGACUUCAGCAUCGGCUGGUUCGGCGGGCCCUGGACCGACGGCGACUACCCGGCAUCAAUGAAGUCCACACUAGGCGACCUCCUGCCCAACUUGACACAGGAGGAGAAAGACAUGAUCAAGGGGAGCUGCGACUUCUACGCCGUGGACCCGUACUCCUCCUUCCUGGCCUACGAAAUCCCCGGCGGCCUCGAUGCCUGCGUAUCCAACCGCUCGCACCCAGGCUUCCCAGAGUGCGCGGGCAGCACGUCGCUCUCGUCCAGCGGAUUCCCCAUCGGCCCCGCGGCCGACCCGGCCAUGCCGUGGCUGUACUCUGCGCCCAGCGGCGUGCGGCGCUUCCUCAAGUACAUACAGACGGAGCUGUUCCCGACCGUGCCGGACAUGGUCGUCACCGAGUUCGGCUUCGCGGAGCCGUUUGAGGCGUCGUGGACCUCGCUGGCUCCCGCGCUGUGGGACCUGAGGCGCGCAGACUAUCUGCAGCAGUAUCUCGAUAACAUCCUGCUUGCGAUCCAUGUUGAUGGCGUGAAUGUCACCGGCGCGUGGGGCUGGGCCAUCUUCGAUAACUUUGAGUGGGCUCUGGGUACCAGCGUCAGGUUCGGGGUGCAGUAUGUCAACUAUACGAGUCUGGAGCGGACGCCCAAGGCGAGUAUGUUCCAAUUUUUGAAUUGGUUCAAGGACCAUGAGGAGAGAGGGAAUGCGACGAUGGGGUUGGUGUAG